AUGGCCCACCUUCCAAUGGGCUUGAAACUGAACUAUAUUGGUCGACUCGUCAUUCUUUCGUGGUUUACCAUUCAGAUUGGUCGUCGGUCCACCGGAGUUAUGCCACGUCAGCCCGUCCAUUACGUUUUUAAAGAUGAGGCUAGAGAGAGAGAGAGUGCGAUAGCACAGAGCAGUUGUAAGUUGGGAGCAGUAAAGGCAUGGUCUUUGAAGGUUUCCGCUUCAAUGACAACAUCGGAGAAGCCAUCCAGAGCAUCGGAAAUCGUGCUUCAACCAAUUAAGGACAUUUCGGGCACGGUCAAGUUGCCCGGGUCCAAAUCACUGUCCAAUCGGAUUCUGCUUUUCGCUGCUCUAUCCGAGGGAAGCACUGUGGUAGACAAUUUGUUGAACAGUGGCGAUGUUCAUCACAUGCUGGUUGCUUUGGGGAAACUUGGGCUACAUUUGGAACAUGACAGUGAAAAGAAACUAGCGAUUGUGGAAGGUUGCGGUGGUCGGUUUCCUGUUGGUAAAGGCGACGGUCAAGAAAUUGAGCUUUUUCUUGGGAAUGCUGGAACUGCAAUGCGACCAUUUACUGCUGCUGUUACCGCUGCCGGUGGCAAUUCAAGCCACAUACUUGAUGGCGUACCUCGAAUGAGAGAGAGACCUAUUGGGGACUUGGUUACUGGUCUUAAGCAGCUCGGGGCAGAUGUAGAGUGCACUCUUGGCACGAAUUGUCCCCCUGUUUAUAUAAAUGGAAAGGGUGGUCUUCCUGGGGGAAAGCUAUGGCUCAGAUCAUUUCUAUUAUGUUCUUGUGGUUUUAUAUCGUCGGAAAACUGUUUUUGUAAAGGUCGUCCUAAAAUCGCUUCAGAAAUUGCUUUUCUAAAGUAG